AUGUCUGAAUCAUCUUCACUAUAUACAGAUAUAAUCAAAGAUUAUCAAUUGUCAUUGAAGGAUGGUAACUGGAUAUCUGGAAAUAAAAGUUUAAGAAAUUAUCUCAAUUUGGUAUAUGAUAUAUUUCUAAUACAUCCGCUUACAUUUAAAGAUAUAUCUAAUUCAUAUCAAAUACGUUGUACAAAUUCUGAAUGUGGUUUUAAUUUGAAUUAUGACCCUUUCAGUGGUUUAAAAAUUAAUUUUCAACACAACCAUGAAGUAUAUAUUAAUUCAAAAAAAGAAAUAGCUUUAAAAACACUUUCAUUACAUGUUAUUCAUAUGGGCUCGAAUAAAAUCGAAUUUACCAAUCUUUGUGAAGAAUGGUUAGGACCAGAAUAUGAGAGUCUGAAAGAUUUAAUUAAAAAAAUCAUGAGAGAAUGUAUGGUUUUCCAAUCAAAUAUUGAUAAAUUAAAUACUAGAUUUGAUAAACUUGAAGAUUUAUGUCAAUGUUAUGAAGAUACUUAUUUUAAAUUUUUUGAAGAAGUAGUAUCAGAAGAUCUAUAUAUAUUACCUAUACAAAAGACAUGUAUGAUUAAUAAAAAAUUUUAUCAAAGUUUGAUUAUAUAUCAAAUGUUAGAAGAAAAACCAAGAAUUUGUGGAUUUAUCAUAAUGAAUAAUAUCAACCAAAUUAAAUCAAUUUUGGAAUCUCAAAAUCUUUUAAAGAAAAAAUUUUCAAUUGAAUUAAAUCCAGAUUUAAUAAAUUUAUUCAACGACAACGAAUUAAAUUUCAAUAUUAGUAAAGAAUUCAUAAAAUCUUUAUUAAAUAAAUUGGAUUUGAGGUAUGAAAAUCUUAAUGAUAUUAAAGAAGAUAGUUUACCAGAUAAAUUUAAAUUUUUACAUCACAUAAUUAAUGAUUAUUCAUUAAAAGAUGUAAUUCAUCCCCCAAUUAUUGCUUCAAUAAGGGUCUUUCUAUACAGUUCUAGGAAUAAUAUUAUUACAAACGUCAAAAAAAUUAAGGAUUUAUAUGAUCAUCAAGAUAAUAUUGAGGGUAGUAACCUAUCAGAAAGCUCAUUUGUGGAAUUAUUGUCACAAUUUGAUUUAAUUUCUGAAAUUCAGCAAGAAAAAUUGAGGUUAUUGUAUGAAAAGCAAGAAAUCUCACGGAUUUGCAAAAAUUUGUUAGAAUGUGAAAAAUUAGGAGCAAAUCAAUUAACUCGUGACAUCUUAAAGAUUUUAGAACCAGUUCAAGCUAUAUUAGAACAAGAAGAAGAAGAAGAUGUUUGA